ACCUCCGAAACCAAUUUACCAGAACUAUUUAAGAUACACGAUAAAAUUCUAUCGCUUUGUGUUAUCACUAACGCUGAAUAUGGACCACAGUGUGUACCCUAUAUGACCGUAUGCUUUGUCAUUGCUAUAUUUGGCAUAUUUCUGCAGACAAAAGUUUACUUUGUUGUUGGUGGCAAGAAUCGUCUACUCGACUAUAUGGUAUUUAUCUAUAUGCUGUGGAGUAUGUCAUUGAUGCUGGUGGCAUAUUUAGUUUUACGUCUGUGCUGUAAUGCCAACGGCUUUUCAAAACAAUCGGCCAUGAUUGUACAUGAGAUAAUGCAAAAGAAACCGGCAUUUAUGUUGGGCAAUGAUGUCUACUAUAAUAAAAUGAAAUCGUUUACGCUGCAAUUUUUACACUGGGAAGGAUUUUUCCAAUUCAAUGGUAUUGGCUUGUAUACUUUGGAUUAUACAUUUAUAUUUUCGACCGUGAGCGCUGCUACUUCGUAUCUGAUUGUGUUGCUACAAUUCGAUAUGAGUUCAAUAUUGAAAACAGAAGGAUUAUUGUAAUUUACUGGCCGUUGCUAUUUUAAUGUAAUUUUUGUCUAUU